AUGAACUGUGAUAUUAGUCCACCUCCCGCGAAACGAUGCAAGACGACUCAAAGCGCUGUGACAGCUUCUGUGCAAACAGCAUCUUCAAACACGCCCACAACUCCAACGCCUCUUCCACCUCUUGAUUCAAACACCUUGCGUAUCUUCUCUUGGAACAUCGACGGCAUCACUCCGUUUCUGCAGAAGCCAAUCACAGACUUCUUCCAUAUUUCGAAGUCCAAAGCAACGCUGAUAAGAGAUGCAAAGAACACCAGGCCGGCAGCCUCCCUAAGAGCUUUCCUACACAGACACCAAUGGCCGUCCAUCCUCUUCCUCCAAGAAGUGAAGAUUGCACACACAGAUGAAAAAAUGCAAGAUGCGGUCAGGACAGCAGUAGCAUCACCUCUACCAGAAGAAGAAGGAUCUUCACACGAAGAGCGCCCAUCAUACCAAGUCCACUUUACCCUACCCACCGACCUCCACAACGCCCGUGGACCCAAACGCAGCGGCAAAGUCUACGGCGUAUGCAGUAUCAUCUGCCGCGACCUCUACAUCCUCUACAAAAUCGCCAUACGAACUGUAGACUGGGACAACGAAGGACGCAUUUCCGUCGUAGAACUUCGCUCGAAAACCAGCACUGCCAAACUCGCCAUCUUCAACAUCUACGCCGUCAACGGCACAGAAAACGCAUAUCGAGAUCCUGAAACCGGCGCUUUCAAAGGCACAAGAAACGACCGGAAACGCGCGUUUCACAAGCUUUUAGCGCGGGAAUGCAGGGAGUUGGAAGAACAGGGCUGGGAUGUACUGCUCGCAGGCGAUAUGAACGUCGCGCCUGAUGAGCGAGACGGGUAUCCCAGACUACGCAUCUUCCCACAGGCACAUGUUCUCAACCGCACGGACUUCCACGAUAAGCUUCUGGGAGGUGGUGGGAAGGCGAAGGAGCCGUUUGAUGGUGUUGAUGUUUGGAGGGAGAUGUUUCCGGAUGAGAGACGGUAUACGUAUCACUCACGAGGUAGGAAAUGGGGAAGUAGCUGUGAUCGGGUGGAUUACUUUAUUGCGGGGAAGAAGAUGUGGGAGAAGGGGUGGGUGAAGGCUUGUGGGAUUAUGGAUACGGAGGAGGAGAUGGGGACGAGUGAUCAUGUGCCUAUCUGGGCGGAAGUUGAGAUGAAGGAGGGGAUUGGGAGCCAAACAACGUCGAAAGAGCAAGAAAACGAUGGUGUAUGA